AUGGAGAAAAUGUGUCUGGCAAUGAACUCCAUUCUGAUAGGAAAGCUUGGGAGGUGGUUACUUCUACUGUCGGAAUUUGAUAUACAAUACAUACCCAAGAAGGUAAUUAAGGGGAGAGCUGUGGCUGACUUCCUAGCACAAAAUCCAGUAGAUGAUAGUGAAGUAAUUGACUUUUCCUUCCCAGAUGAAGACAUUAGACUAAUAGAUAUUGGAAAGUGGAAAAUGUACCUCGAUGGUGCUGCAAAUAAAAGUGGAGCUGGUAUUGGCGUCAUUUUGGUUUCCCCAGAAGGUGAAUGGAUGCCAUUAUCCAAAAGGCUAGAUUUUUGGGCCACCAACAACAUGUCUGAAUACGAAGCUUGUAUUUUUGGAUUGGAAUCAUUGAUAUCAAUAGGAAUCGAACAUGCAGAAAUUUUUGGAGAUUCCAGUCUAGUAAUAAAACAAGUGAGAAAGGAGUGGGAAAUAAAAGAAGAAAAAUUAAAACCCUAUCUCCAAUAUACUGAAGUUCUCAAGACACAUUUUGAUGUAGCUGAAUUUAAAUAUAUCCCUAGGGAAGAAAACCAGAUAGCUGAUGCUUUAGCUGGAUUAGCUUCAGUAUGGGACGAUCUUGGAAGAUUGUUUGUCAAGCCACUGGUAAUGGUAAGGAGUAAGGUUCCAUGCUUUCAAGGUGCACGAAUAUUAGACAUCACGCAAGAUGAAAAGCCUUGGUUUCAUGAUAUUUUGAGGUUCAUGCAAGAUAAACAUUAUCCAGUAGAUGCUACCACAAAGGAUAGAAAUUUGAUUCAGAAAUUGGCUCAACAAGUUUUCUUAUUACAUGGAAAACUAUAUAAACGUCAUCAUGACUUGCACCUGUUGUGCAUAGAUGAAGAAAAAUCCAAACAACUUAUGGAGGAAGUUCAUUCGGGUGUUUGUGGACCUCAUAUGAACGAAUUGCAUAGUCUUACUUCGCCAUGGCCCUUCUCUGCUUGGGGAAUCGAUAUUAUUGGAAAAAUUCACCCGACCGCAUCAAAUGGUCACGAAUUCAUCGUGGUUGCCAUAGAUUACUUUACAAGAUGGGUGGAAGCUGAAUCCUACAAGAUAUUGGGGGCAAAACAAAUGGCUGAAUUCAUUGAAACUCACUUAAUAUGUAGAUAUGGGAUUCCACACCAUAUUGUGAGCGACAAUGGAGUACGAUUCCAAGCAGAAGUGAAACAACUAUUGCGUGAAAAUGGGAUCGAGCACCAUAUGUCUUCACCGUAUAGGCCUCAAGCUAAUGGAGCAGUGGAAGCGGCGAAUAAAAAUGUUAAAAAGAUUCUCGCUAAAAUGGUGGAGACAUACAGAGAUUGGUCAAAGAAAUUACCAUACGCCUUACACGGGUACAGAAGAACAGCAAGCACGUCAACUGGUUCAACCCCAUACUCCUUAGUAUAUGGAAUGGAGGUUGUCUUGCCUGUUGAGGUUGAAUUACAAUCACUUAGGGUGGUGUUGGAGGCUCAAGUCCCAGAAUACGAAUGGGCUUGA